AUGCUGCCGGUUAACUGCCAUGAAAUCUUGGUCGCCUCGCAACCUCGGCCUACGAACCUCGGCCUACGAACCGCCGCCGUCGCUGGAGGAGAUCAAAAGAACCCACACAAGCUUCUGAGGUACCCUACGCAGCCGGACCCUAUGCGAACGGACCUCAAACCGCCGAGGAUCCCAAGACGCCGAAGACCUCAAGCAGCCGCGGACCUCAAGCAGCCGCGGACCUCAAGCAGCCGCGGACCUCAAGCAGCCACGGACCUCAAGCAGCCGUGGACCUCAAGCACCGCGGACCUAAAGCAGACGCGGACCUCAAGCAGCCGCGGACCUCAAGCAGUCGCGGACCUCAAGCAGCCGCGGACCUCAAGCAGCCACGGACCUCAAGCAGCCGCGGACCUCAAGCAGCCGCCGACCUCAAGCAGCCGCGGACCUCAAGCAGUCGCGGACCUCAAGCAGUCGCGGACCUCAAGCAGCCGCGGACCUCAAGCAGCCGCCGACCUCAAGCAGCCGCCGACCUCAAGCAGCAGCAUCUUAUGUCCUUAUGCGGACCUCAAGCAGCCGCCGACCUCAAGCAGCCGCCGACCUCAAGCAGCAGCAUCUUAUGUCCUUAUGCCAAGUUUAGGACGUCAUCGUUUAUGGUCACGCUGA